GCAAUUGUAGCAGACUGUUUCUGUUUUGGAUUCUUUCAAUUUGCGGUGUUUACGUUUUAUCCAUAAUUUCUCCUAGAAUUAAUCUGUUAUUAAGAAUGUACUAAGUAAUAAAGAAAAAUCAUCCAUUUAAUUUUAUCUGCAGAAAUUUUAUAUUUAAAAUAAAAAAGAAUUAUUCCACAUUUAAAACUUGCGUAAUCCUUACAAAAUGUCCAAAAAAGCUAAAGAUCCGUGGGUCAGAGUUAUCGACGUUUCCGAUCCAGUUCUACAUAAGAAAGGCUAUACUUUGUAUAAAGUAACUUCAAAAGUAUAUCCUAAAAAUUCCGUUGAAGCUGUAUCUGAGGUUACAGUUUGGAAAAGAUAUAAUGAUUUUAAGAAACUGCACAAGGCUCUGAAUACUUUGCAUCAGAACCUGUAUUUAAAAGAACCCUUCCCUCCAUUUGCAAAAACUCAUUUCUUUGGUAGGUUUGAUCCUGAAGUUAUUGAAGAGAGAAGACAAAGUGCACUAAGAUUACUUCAGUUUGCAGCCAAUUGCUCACCUUUAUUUACCAGUCAAGUAUUUGUUAAAUUUUUUGAGGAUGGACAUUAUGUUGAAGAUUUUAAGAAAACUGCUGAGCCAGUGGAACAGAAAACAGAUAAUGUUCUCCAACCACAAAAAAUAUUGCAAUUCCCUGAAAUUCAAGAACCAAAACAACUUGGAAAGGAAAGCAAUGCCAAUCAAGAUAAUGGAUAUCCAGAACCUGUUCCAGCAUUGGGUGGAAUAUGGCAACAUCACCAACUUCCUGAUGCUAUCAGUUUGGGAUCCCAUGGCACAGAUGAUGAUGAUGACCGCACUACUUUCACCGAUGAUGAUAGUGUUGUAUCUAGACCGUCACUCAAUUUAGCAGAAUUUGAUCCAUUACUUCAGAGUAGAAGUGAUAUAUUAGGACUUAAUAAUUCAGAAAAUCAAGACAAUUUAUGCAAUAGUUGGUUAUUAACUGCCUUGCAGUCUUGUAGCAGUGCUGAUAAUGAAAGAGACCUUGAAACUAUAUUAGAAUUCCCUACACCUUUCGGAGACUGUGAAAUUCCUGAAGAUUGCACUCAAAUUAGGAAUGACAGCCAUUCUGAAAGAGAAAAUAAUACAGAUGUUAAAGAAAAUCAUUUUACAUUUGAUUCUCCAACACCUGUAGCUGAAGAACCAUCAUAUAUUUCAGAAUUUGAUCCCUUAACAAAUAAAAACAAUUUCUCUGUGGAAGAAGAUGAUUAUUUUUAUGAUAGGUUUGCAAUGACACCAAAUUCUUAUAAAAAAGACUCUGUUAGACGUCCUUCUUAUGUUGAGCAGUCCUCAAAAUAUAUUGAAACAGCACAACAAGCUGAAACUGGUGGUCAAUAUCAAGAGGCAUUUGAAAUGUAUAAGAAAGCUAUUGAUUCACUUUUGCAUGGAUACCAAAAAGAUAAGAAUCCAGAUUUAAAAGAUUUAGUUAAAAAGAGAAUAAUGCUUUAUCUUGUGAAAGCUGAAGAAUUGUAUGAAACUAAGCUUCCUAAAACAAAUUUGAAUGAAAAGCUUACUAUGGUCAAUCCAAUGUUUUAUUCUCCAGUGAAAAUAAAUACAAAAUUACAAGGAUCUGUUCAAGAACUGAGUAAAUAUAAAGUACUAGGUAUAUUAAGUAAAGUUCUACUUGUGUUAGAUGUUUCUACAGAUAAAACAUUUGUUGUAAAGACUUUAUAUAAAAGUCCCAAUCCUCAAAAUAAUGGUGCAGCUCAAAUAGUUCCUCAGAAUGUGCCUUUUAUGGUGAAGUUGUAUCGAAUAUAUGAAACGGAUUAUGCUCUGUUUCUUAUCUUGGAAUAUGCUACAGGAGGCCGUCUUUGGGAUUAUGUGAGCUCAUUUGUCCAGAGAAGUCCUCUUUCUCCUAAUAAUGAUGUCACAUGUUUGUUUGUGGAAUCUAAAGCAAAAGUUGAACUUUGUAAUAUAUAUUCUGGUAAAAAAGUAGCAGAUGGAAAUACUACUGAAAAUGUGAAUACUAAUAAUUCUGUUGACUCUGAUCUUACUCCUUCAGAAAAGUGUCCCUCAAGUUAUGUAGCAUUAUUUAAAAAAUAUGCAGAUAUUGUUGAUAAUGAAGAAACUGUUUCUCUUGCAAAAUAUCACAAAUUGCAACCUGUGCCUUCUAAGAAUUCAAAGAAAUCUUCAAAGAUUUCUGCCUCACAUGAAAUCCAAAAUGACAUUAAUACACAAAUGAGCCUUCUACAGCCCCAAAAGAGUAUCUGCAACCGUUUAUCAUCAUCGACUGGUAGCUUAGAAACAACAUAUUGCCAAAAAGCAACCAAUCUUGAAUUGUUAAAUGCACUGGAUGAAGCAGCAACACGAGUAACAUCUAAGAGCUAUUUACCUGAGUCGUGCAUUAUUACUUGGGCAGCAGAAAUAAUCCUUGCUUUUGAGUCAUUACAUGAUUUAGGAAUAAUUUGGACAGAUUUCCAUCCAGACAAUAUUUUAUUGGGAAAAGAAGGUCAUAUUUUGCUUACUUAUCAAAGUCAGUUUAAUAAUGUUGAUUUUGUGAUCAAUGAAAGUGCCAAAGAAAAUUUGUUUUGUGCCCCAGAAGUUGGAAGUUUGCAACCUGUAACACCCGACUGUGACUGGUGGAGUCUCGGUGCUGUUUUGUUUGAGUUAUUCAUGAGCCAGUCUCUUAUAUCCUGUCAUCCCACUGGAAUAACAAGACAUACAAUUUUAAAUUUUCCUAAUGAAAUAAGUUCAGAUGCCAAAAAUUUUAUUUCUAAAUUGUUGCAAUACAAUCCCACUGAAAGGCUUGGAUCUGGAAUUUAUGGAGUGGAAGAAAUAAAAAGUCAUCCCAUUUUCCGUGAUAUUGAUUGGAAAUCUCUACAGACUGAUAACAACCAGAGAUGACUUAUGUUUUAGAAUUGUUACAAUUUCCUUUUUUUUUUACUAUUGGAAAUGCUGUUUGUUUAGAGACAAGUUUACAUUUUUGUAAAUGCUUUUUUACAUUCCACUCCUUUAUAAAGAGGGAUCCUUGUUCCAAAUCAGUGGUGGUUCGUCCAUCGGGGCUGUAGAACAGCAGCACACCCUGGUAUUACUUUAAGUCAUGUUUUUUUUUUAUUAUUAUUAUUGAAAUUCCUUACUUUUGCAUUCUGAGAGUUCAUUGCUCUUUGCUUAUUUUAUCACUCUGAGAGUUCGAUAAUUAAUACAGAAAUGGGGGAAAGCAAUAAAAAUGUAAAAUCGAAACAGAAAAUGAAUCAGCAAAUAAAAGAAAUACAGGUUAAGAUUAUCUGCUCAACAGCCCAUUGCGCACAUAAUUAAUUGUUUGUUUUGAAGAUAAACACAAUUUUUUCUUCAAUUUAAUUUCGAGGAACAAAAGCUGCAGAAGACAUGGUUUAAAAUUCAACCAAGUGUUGUUAAGUUUUUUUUUUUUUUUCCAAAAAUGUAUUUUUGUUUUUAUUAUUAUUAUUUUCUUUAGCUUAAACAAAAACUUUCUAUUUGAUCGAAUUUUCGUUUUUCUUUUGUUAAAGGUUAUUCCAAAAUGGUAUUCGUUGAUCUUAAAUGUUAUUUAGAAUGAAAUUUUUUAUGGGAAAUCAUUUGUUGUAGAUUAUUAAAUGUAAAAAAUGAUAAAUAUUGUAAAUCAAUUAUUUUAUCUUAUUUCAUGUACUCUUUUUUUAUGAGGAUUAUCAAAAUAAUUGGUUCAAGAUAAUUGCGAAGGAGAAGUUUUGAUAUUCACUUCAGCAUUCACACGACAAAACUACAAGAAAUUUAUAUCAUUAUGCUUGAAAUAAAAAAAAAUUAUAUAUUGUUUUGAAAUGAAAAAUUUAUGGUACUUAUAAAUCAAGUAGCAAUUAAAAAAAAUUGCAAUUUCUUAAAAAAUAUUUUUUGCAGCACUGAUAAUUUCUGAACUGACGAGCUGCCACUGUUCCAGAUGGGAUGUAUUCCAAUUUUAAACACACAAUAUUUGUUGGAUAAUUGAUGUUUUGUGCAAUAUAAUUUUUAAAUUAUGUUUUAAAUUACCUUCAUGUACAAAUUUAAAUAUAAUGAUUUAAUAAUAUUUGUAAAUUUUUAUUGUUCACUAUAUAAGGAAGUCUUCUAAAGUGGUAGAGUGUACAUAUAUAAGUUUAUUUUAAUUUAUACAAAUAUAUAACAUUCGAAUAUGAACUUUUUUAUAUGUUACACAUUAUAAAAGCAUUAUACAUAGUUUGACAGAAAUGCCUAGUUAGACAUAUAGGCAUAUUUUUGUAUUUAAUGUUUUUGUUUUAAAAAAUUAUUAUGAAGAUGUGUUUAUGUGUCGUAAUAAAAAAAAUUAUCUUAUU